AUGGGAUCCAAUGGUGGCUCAAAUAUUACUCCAUUAAGAAAGACCUUGCCAUUGAGAGUUCUUAAACCUGAUGUGAACAACAUUAAGAAUCUUGCUCGGAAGUUGAAAAAAGUACAACGUGUAAUCUUUAUGGGGAAAUUCGGCAAGAUUCUUGAUUUACUUGAAGUUAAUGUACAAGUGGAUGCCCUUAUAGCGUUGGCCCAAUUCUAUGAUCCUCCUUUUAGGUGUUUCACUUUUAAGGACUUUCAGUUGGCCCCAAUGUUGGAGGAGUUCGAACGAAUAAUGGAAUAUCCGAUGAAGGGGAGUAAACCUUACCAAUACAUGGAACACUACCCCUCACUGAAAACAAUUGCUGAAACGUUUGAUAUCCCUAUAAUGGAAAUAGAAGACAAUAGAACCAACAAAGAUAAUUUGAUUGGAUUUCCAAUAAAAUAUCUUGAGGAGAAAGCAGUAAACUUAGCAAGAGAUGGAAAAUGGGACACUUUCAUGGAUGUGCUUGCCUUAAUUAUAUAUGGAAUUGUUUUAUUUCCAACUAUUAAGGAUUUUGUGGAUUUCAUGGUGAUAGACGUCUUUUUGGCUUACAAGCAUAGAGGGGAGAAUUCAGUACCGAGAGUUUUGGCUGACAUUUACUGCACGCUUGACUUCCGUCAUGAGAAAGAGGGGGGCCUAAUCCAUUGUUGCUCGCCAAUACUCUUUUUUUAG